AUGUCUGACUCCAAUUAUAUUCCUUUGAUUUUCAGAAAGCGGUCUCCUCGCGCCUGGACUUCCGAUUCGGGCAAAAUGGUAUUCAGCGGAAGUGAACACCGGCCUAUUGCCUAUGUUAACCCAGGCUUACCGCACCACCAUCGGGUCAAGUACAUGAACUUGAAACUCACGCCCACUGACCAAAGGGAGUUUGCGGUCAAACUUUCAGAUGCAAAGCGCAGGCUUGAUGAUGACCGCACCUGA